AUGCAAUCAGUAACGGCGAUAAAUUGCGAGGUCAGCGCGCCUGUCCUACGAGUGGUCUUUGGUGGUUUUCUCACUUGGCUGUUUCUUCACCGGAGGUCUGUAAGGGGAGAUUAUGCAACCGCUACGUUUCUCCUCGCCCAUUUCAGCUUGUUCCUUGCGACCUACCUCGGCAACAACGAUCUCUUUGCGUCUAUCAAGUCGACGCUCACCCUUACUAUCGCUUACAUCUCCUCUCUCGUUCUUUGUACACUUGCAUACCGUUUUUCGCCCUUCCACCCAUUAGCUUCCUAUCCAGGCCCUCGCUUGUGGUGGGUAAGCAGCCUAUGGCUGACAUACGUGUCAUACAAAGGGAAGCGACAUCUAGUCCUGGAUGAUCUCCAUCGUAUCCACGGACCCUUUGUGCGAAUCGCUCCGAACACACUGUCCAUCAACACGCUCUCUGCAAAUUCGAUUUAUAGUGCGCAGGCUCAUAUGGAAAAGAGCGAAUCCUACACCGCUCCGGGCCAGAUCAAGGCCGUGUCUCUGUUUUUCAAGCAAAAGACGGAGAAGCUGCACAACGAUCGCAAGAAGCUUUGGUCUGCGGCAUUUACCGGCGCAGCGGAGAUAUGGUCUUCGGAGGGUGAACUCAUGAAAAGUGAUGACCCGCUUAGGUUGGUUGAAGGUGGAAAACUCGCUACCGUUCUCCUCGAUAGUGUCGGGCAAACACCGUGGCUCAUGGAUAUCAUCUGGCACCUGCCUGUAGGCAGAUCUAUGGUCCGUCUACGAGAUGUUGCUGCCACAAUGAUGCGUAAUCGAAUCAAAUCGAAUGACAAUAUUCAACUCCGUGACCUUGCAUCAUUUUUGCUGAGCAGCAAUCCUGAAACCGGUGAACGGAUACCACAUUCAGAUCUAGAAAUUGAAGCCGUUGUAGCAAUGCAAGGAGGCUCAGAUAACACGUCGACAACAAUGGCACUGGCCUUCUAUUUCAUGUUGGCGAACCCUACCUACUAUGCUAUGUUGCAAGAAGAGCUGGACAACGCUUUCCCCGACCGGGCUGGGGACCUCGACCCCACCAAGCUCUCGCUGCUUCCCUUUCUCAACGCUAUUCUACAGGAGGCGCUUCGUCUCGGUUCGCCAUUCUUUCUUCCGCGCAUCGUCCCUGCGGAGGGUGCCACUAUCGAAGGGAAAUAUAUCCCAGGAGGAACAAUCGUAGCUCUCGCGGCUUAUUCACAACAAACUAGUCCCGAAAAUUACUGGCCAGACCCCUUGAAUUUUCAUCCACAAAGAUGGCUGCCUGGUGGUCUUGGCCCUGGCUCCAGAACGGAGAGGACGGCCUUGUUCUCCUUCUCGUCGGGACCCCACAUAUGCGUUGCGAAAGCUUUUGCAUACCAGGAGAUGCGCUUGGUCGUCGCGCGACUUGUGCUCAAUUACGCAAUUAAAUUCGCUAAAGGGUUUGAUAUCGAGGCAUAUCGUGAAGGAAUUCUGAACAUGCGCACUACAAUACUUAAGAGACCGUUGCUGGUCAAGGCUACGAGACGGUCAACUGCUAACCUAGCAUGA